AUGCUUCCGCUCGAGCUGAAAGUUAUCAAGACAUACAGUUUGGAAAAAAGUGAGUCUAUUAACAAGAAACUGUCGGACUCCGCUAGGACAACAGUGGAGAACAACAGACAUGUCUUGCAUAAAAUAAUUGAAAUAAUAGUUCUCUGUGCAAAGCAAAACAUACCACUACGAGGGCAUACGGAGGAAACUAGUAAUUUCUACGCAAUACUUACUGCAUUUGCACAAAAUGAUGAAAUUCUGUCGGAGCACAUAGCUAGCGCACAAUAUAAUGCCAAGUACACUUCCCCUGACAUCCAAAACGAACUUAAUGACAGUUGCGCUGAACAAGUCAAGGAAAGGAUUCUUAGCGACUGUCGGAACUGUCCAUACUUUGCAAUAAUUGUCGACGAAGCUACCGAUAAAUCAACUAAAGAACAGUUGUCGUUCUGUGUCAGAUUUGUUGACAAUAAGGGUACAGUAAGGGAGGAAUUUUUGGGCUUUGUUCUGUGUGCCUCUGUCAAAGAAAUUGAACUUUGUACCAAUAUUAUGUCAUUUCUCCAGGAAGCCGACCUUGAUGUCUUAAAAGUUCGAGCGCAGUGUUACGAUGGGGCAUCAAACAUGUCGGGGAAAUAUCGAGGAGUUCAGGCUCUUGUUCGUGAAAGAUCACCGCAUGCUAACUACGCACACUGCAAAGCGCAUUGCCUGAAUCUCGCGUUGGUUCACAGCUCCAAUAUCCCUUGUGUUCGAACAAUGAUGUCAACUGUCCAGGACAUAAGUUUUCUGUUCGAUUACUCUGCGAAACGACUAGCAGCUUUCGUGGACGAGUUGUCUCGAGAUGCCACCAAUAAAGAGGAAAUGGAGCAGCGAACGAAACUGCGUACUUUGUGCGAAACAAGGUGGUCGAGUCGCGCCGAUGCCCUGGCGACUUUCAGGAACGCAUUUCCCGUUGUAGUUCAUUCGCUUGAAACACUAAAUGACGACGGAGAUAACAAAGCAGGGCAGUAUCUAGCAGGGAUACUUUGCUUUGAAUUCAUUAUAGCAUUGAUAGUGGCUGAACAUGUGCUUAGUUCCACGGUUGCAUUAACAAACCUAUUGCAAAAGGAAGAUAACGAUCUAUUGCAUGCAAUUGGUGAGGCUAAGGUCGUCAUUCAGCUGAUGAACAAUGAGCGAAACGACCCAAAAGUGUGGGGCGCCCUCUAUGAAAAAGCUACAAAUGCACCGCGGAAUUUGAUAUAA